CGAUGGCCUCCAACCUAAUAGCGAUGGCCUCCAACCUAAUAGCGAUGGCCUCCAUCCUAAGAGCGAUGGCCUCCAGCGUGAAGCAUUGGCUCUUGGUGUGACUACUAUGACCAUAUAGGUUUUGGUCGGCCCGAUACGGCCCGAAAUGUGUGGUGUUUGCCUUUCUUGCGAUGCAACGUUUCUUGCAAUGUUUUCUGUGGUGUUUGCCUUUCUUGCCAUACAGGUCAGACGAACGUGUUCAGGUUUGUGCCGGGUAAGUCCACUUAAGAGAGCUGGCGCCAUUUGUGCCAGAAAAAGCGUUGGGGAUAUUGUGCAGCGUUGAAAACCAGAGCCAGUCCUCAUGAGACUUGGGAUUGGGAUCCACUUGCAAGAAGCAACAACCAUGAAGUCUUUCUAGGGGAGAUAGGUGGAUACAAACCCGGGGUGACUAAGGUGUGUGCACCAUGCCCAUUCAACUGCGACAGAGAGCGGAUAGAGAGGCAUCCAUUUCACUCAAUGUACAGUCAGGCAAUGGCAUGCUGCCUUGCAGUUGCUUUGCAGCGGAAUAGCUUUGCGACAGAGGGCCAUCCCGCCAAUCGACUUGGGGGUGGAAGCAGAACAAGAAGCCCAUGUACUUUCUGUGUUGCCCAAAGCAAUCGGAAUUGCUUGUUCUCGAAAGCGCUUUUGAAACGGGAUGACAUAUGCUUUCAACGAGGAACCGCCGAAAAUCCGCAAAGAUCCAAGGAACGGUGGUGUGUGACCUAUCGCGACUUCAAGGUCUUUGUUCAGGAGGUGCAAGCUUUGUGGUUCCAAGGGCAACUGGGUCCAUCGGAUCAAUUACCGAAGGAUGAUGAGCACUGUGGUCCCAACCUUUACUUUGUCAAUGAGCACUAUGUGAAGCCAAUCACAUUGGAGGCGGGUGGCAUGAGUUACGCUUUGAUGAAGCAUCCAGAAGGACUUCCUUGCCAAGUCUUCAUCUCCCAUGCUUGGGCUGAAGGGAUCUUCGAGCUGGCCAAUCUUUUGCGCCAGGCAUGGCCACGGGGGCAUGGGCUCCACAAUUUGUACUUAUGCCUUUUGGCCAACCCGCAAAACAGCCUCUUCACUUGGUUAGAGAACCGACCGCUGCUGGAGACACCUUUUGCAAAAGCUUUGCAAGACGCUUCUCACGUGCUGAUCAUUCCCAACAAGCAAAUCAGCAUUUACUCUCGCUUGUGGUGUGUGUACGAAGCAUACUUAGGAACUCAAUUUCAGAAGACUUGCUCUUUGCCUACAAAGCCACCUCCAUUGGUCUUGCUUAAGGCGAUAUGGCCCACCGUCAUCAUGCCCUGCUGUUUUGGUCUUCUUUUGGGCUGUUUGUCCACAGUUCUGUCUUCUUUGCCUCUCAAGAAGAACUUUGAGCAACACAUUGAAAUUGGGAUGGCGUUGUGCUGCGCGCUGACGAUGCUUUCCGCUUUGACCUAUGCAGUGACAGGGCUGUGCGGCAAAGAAUGCCGUUUCUGGACCAGAUCCCAGGGCUUGCGUGCGAUGCACACCUUCUUGAUCCUGUGUGAUUCGGCCAUGGCAAUACCUUGGAUGCGACUACCGCAUAAGAACCUCUCCAACUGGGACAUCUUCCUACAUUUCUUUAUUCCAAUUGCAAUUCUGACCUUCAACAUCUGCCUCAUUGCGCAGCUGAAUCAAUAUUCUCUGGAGACCAAGGAGCUCACCUUGCGCGCUGGACAUUUGGACUUUCAAACGUUGGAUGACGCGACGUGCACCAGUCCAGCAGAUGAGGUCCGUAUCCGCGAGGCGAUUGCGGGCCACGAGGAAGAUGUGGACACGGCCAUCCGGGUUCUCAUGAAAGCCGGGGCCUACAACGAUUCUCUGCGGCGCUCGUUCGAGGACAUCUUUUUCAAGACAUUGCUGGUGGCCAUCCUUUGGUUUAUGUCAAUGUUGGACACCGGUGGGGCGGCCGAAGUUCAAAGCCAGUGCCCUGACCACUACUGGGCGAAGUGGCUCUGGAUUGCAGCUGGAAUCACAGCAAUCUCCACCGUGGCGCUGCCCUUUUUAAUUUGGAGACUGCAAGAAACAGGUCCACAACUUGCUCUCAAUGCGGUGAAGGCUUGGCUAUUCCUGGCCAUGCUGGUGGUUGGCAUACCCCUCACUAUGCAGAUCGAAAACCACAUGCUGAGUGGCAUGCACUUCCUGCACAUACACAGGCCCACCACUGGAGACCGCUGCCCAUCGCGUUGGGUGCUGAUCCUGUUGGCCAUUUUCCGGCCAUUCUUAGCGGGUGCAGCCACGUGCUAUGCCUGCUCUGCUCUUUGCUGUCACACAGCAGGUGACCGGAAGUGUCCCAUGACGAGGACACUCACCACGUCGGGCGAGGAGUCGACCGAGGAGUCGACCGAGGAGUCGACCAGCGAGUGACGCGGCUGAGGAGUCCACGGCUGGGCCGCGGCCUGUGGCACUCUUCGGAUACGUUUCGGUCGUAGAGAGUGCAGUAGGGUAGUGAGUCUUGCAGUACGAUAUGUUUUUACUGUAGCAUAUUGAUUUGUGCCACUGGCAAAGCCAUGACAUGUAGGUGAAGCUUGGCAGAAAUGCUGCACUUGUAUUUUGAUUUGUUCGCUUGGACAGUGUCUGCCCUUCUGCGAGCUGUGGCAGAA